AUGUCGUCGUCCGCGGGCGACAAGAAGAAGACGGCGUGCGUGACCGGAGGGAACGGGUAUAUCGCCUCAGCGCUCAUCAAGAUGCUGCUGGAGAAAGGCUACGCCGUCAAGACGACGGUCAGGAACCCCGACGACAUGGCCAAGAACUCCCACCUCAAGGACUUGCAGGCGCUCGGCUCCCUCACAGUCCUCCGCGGCGACCUAGACGACGAAGGCAGCUUCGACGAGGCCGUCGCCGGCUGCGACUACGCCUUCCUCGUCGCCGCACCGGUGAACAUCGCGUCAGAGGAUCCAGAGAAAGAACUGAUCGAGCCUGCUGUCCGGGGGACGCUGAACGUGAUGAGCUCGUGCGCGAGAGCCGGGACGGUGCGACGCGUGAUCCUGACCUCGUCGUCGGCCGGCGUGUACAUCAGGCCGGAGCUGCCGCAGCAGGGCGACGACGGCCACGUCGUCCUGGACGAGGGCUCCUGGUCCGACGUCGAGUACCUCAGAGCCGAGAAGACUCCACUCUGGUGGGCCUACUGCGUGUCCAAGGUGCUCCUGGAGAAGGCGGCGUGCAGGUUCGCAGAGCAGCACGGCAUCAGCCUGGUCACCGUCUGCCCCGUCGUCACCGUCGGCGAGGCGCCGGCUCCGGUCGUCAACACCAGCGUCCCCGUCUGCCUCUCGUUUCUUACCGGCAACGAGGCACUGCUCGCCGCGCUCAAGGGCAUCGAGAAGACCUCCGGCGGGGUGCAGCUAGUCCACGUCGACGACCUCUGCCGCGCGGAGCUGUUCGUCGCCGAGGAGGCGGCGGCCGUGGGGAGGUACAUCUGCUGCAGCCUCAACACGACCGUCGUCGAGAUCGCGCGAUUCCUGGCACGCAAGUACCCGCAGUACGGCGUGGAAACAAAUUUGCCCACCGACGACGACCAGCAGCUCCUGGAGAAGCCGAGAGUGAGCCUGUCGUCUGCGAAGCUGGUUAGGGAAGGGUUCGAGUUCAAGUACAAGACCCUGGACGAGAUAUACGGUGACGUCGUCGAGUACGGCAAGGCACUGGGAAUUCUGCCCUACUGA